AUGGAGGGUGUGAACGCGGGGAAUGGAGGGGAUGAGAAGAAAUUUGUGAAGGAGAGAAAUAAGUUGGGUUCAAAAUACAGAAAUUAUUUUACAGGAAAAUUUCAAGGAAUAUCUAGGAAAGGUGAGAAGUCGGAUCAGAAACGUCCACAGAAAGGAAAUACUCGAUCGAAUUCAGAACCAAUACCGACGCCAGUACCAACAUUGGAAUCCAGGUCAGAACCCACGUCAGAACCAACGUUGCUACCAGCAUCUCAACUACAGCCUCGAUCACAAUCACAUUCUCAACCACAAUCUCAACCCAAAACCAUAACCACAGUCACAAUCAUGCCUCCCAAAUUAUCUACAUCUCAACCACGUUGGACCUCCGACAUUCCCAAAACAACCCCGACGGUAAUCUCCGACAUCGAAUCCGCAACUCAUAGUAUCCAUUCUAUCUUUCAUGACCUCAAAACCAUCACCCCAGAAGAUGCAAACACACUUCUUCAACUCUUUUCCUCUCAGAUCAAGGGUGUCCAAAAUGACAACACUCUCCUUCUUGAAAAGACAGUGAAGCUCCUAGCAUCUCAACCAGAAAAUUCACAGAUUGGAAAAAGUCUAACAGCAAGUUUUGUCAAUACGCUGUGGGAUGCCUUGCCGCAUCCUCCUGUCAGGAGUUUGGAUAAGAAGUUUAUGUAUAGAGAUGCGGAUGGAGGAAAUAACAACAUCUUAAUGCCAGAUUUGGGAAAAGCGGGGACAGCAUACGCAAAAAGUGUUAAACCUGAGAGAAUGAGGAAGAAGAAUCUACCGGAUCCCGGUGAGCUUUUUGAUGGAUUGAUGAGGAGGGGCGGAUUGGAUGGAGAAGAGGCCUUCAAGGGAAGUCAGACUGGCAUCAGUAGUCAGCUGUUCUAUCUGGCUACAAUUAUUAUUCAUGAUCUUUUUCUUACGGAUCAUGAAGAUAUGACGAAAUCGAAGACUAGCAGUUAUUUGGAUCUCGCACCUCUCUAUGGUUGUAAUCAAGAGGAGCAAAAUGCAGUCCGAACAUUCGAGGAUGGGAAACUCAAACCAGAUUGUUUUUCCUCGAAGAGAAUCUUAGGAUUUCCCCCCGGUGUGGGAGUAUUCUUGAUCAUGUUCAACCGAUUCCACAAUCAUGUGGUUGGAAUGCUUGCUCAAAUCAAUGAUAAUGGCCGCUUCACAAAACCCAAAGCAGAGGCGGCAAAGUCUGCAUUCGAUAAAUACGAUAAUGAUCUCUUCCAGACAGGUAGACUCAUCACUUGUGGCUUAUAUGUCAAUAUCGUUUUGAAAGAUUAUGUUCGUACGAUUUUGAAUCUUAAUCGUACAACUUCAAAAUGGGAUUUAGAUCCAAGAGUGUCUGAGACCAAGACCCUCUUGAGUAAGCCUGCUGCUGAGGGUGUAGGAAAUCAAGUCACUGCCGAGUUUAACUUAAUCUACCGCUGGCACUCGGCCAUCUCCCAAAGAGAUGAGAAAUGGACCAACGCAGAAUACGCCAGACUAUUCCCCAAUAAAAAUCCGGCUGAUGUUACGCUUCCUGAACUCCUCAGGGGUCUUCACUCGAUGGAAGCAGAACUUCCUGCCGAUCCAUCUCAACGCUCUUUCGCAGACCUCAAUCGUUUGUCUAAUGGAUCAUACGAUGACGAAUCACUUGUCUCAAUCUUCUCAUCUUCAGUGGAAGAUCUCUCUGGUGCCUUUGGGGCCACAAACGUCCCACCUAUCAUGCGCUCCAUCGAAAUUCUUUCUAUUCUUCAAAGUCGUUCUUGGAAUAUGUGUACCCUUAAUGAAUUCCGUUCCUUCGUCGGAUUGUCGCGUCACACAUCGUUUGCGGAUAUCAACCCCGAUCCUGUUAUCGCAAAACGACUCAAAGAAUUUUAUGGAAGUCCUGAUGAUGUGGAAUUUUAUCCGGGAGUCGUAGUUGAAAAGAUUAAACCACCGGUGGUACCAGGUAGUGGAUUAUGCACCGGGUAUAGUAUCAGUUAUAGUAUUUUGAGUGAUGCGGUUGCGUUGGUUAGGGGAGAUAGGUUUUAUACUACAGAUUAUACACCAGAGAGUAUCACUAAUUGGGGAUACAAUGAAGUCCAAUUCGACACCAAUAUCGACGACGGUGCUGUGCUUUACAAACUGGUUCUUCGAGCCUUCCCAAACCACUUCCAAGGGAACUCUAUAUACGCACAUUUUCCAUUCGUCACACCUGAGACUAAUCGUGAAAUCCAAAAGGAUUUGGGGAGAGAGAACUUGUACAGUUGGGAUAAACCUAAGAAGAAGGCAGAUUUACCAAAAGUGGAGGGUUGGGAGGAGUGCAAAAAGAUCUUGGAUGAUAAGGCUAAUUGGAAGGUAACAUGGGGUGCACCAAUUGCUGUCCUAACUUCGCAAUCGCCUUCCGACUCCACAAAUACUACGGGGCCGCCAAAAAUCCCUCCGUUCUGUCUCGCAGGAGAUGAAUCUAUAAAUACUACCUCGCGCUCUCUUAUAAUAUCUUCUUUCCACGAUCUUCCAACAGGCCAUGGCAAUAAGAAUGAUAAAGAACAUCCUGAUUGGCAAUCCGCAAUUGCGCAAUUUUACACAGACAACACAGCCGAUUUGUUUGCUAAACAUAAAGUUCUCAUUCCGAACCUAAACGCGUACAGCAAUGCCAAUGGUAACGGAAGUGUCACAAGAAAUGGAGCUGUAGCACGCAGAAAGACCUACAGAGUGGACAUUGUAUCUGACAUAUGCAAUCGCGUCUUCACUCGUUUCGCGGCCGGCGUCUUUGACUUUCCGCUUAAACUAGGGAUGGGCAAUACCGUCGACGUCAAUGUAACUACGGAUAUUGAAGAUGGAUAUACAGAAGAGGAAUUGUACACGGCACUUUCCACUGGUUUCAUAUGUAUUUUCAAUAAUUUUGAUGUUACAAAAUCUUUCGUGGUGAAUCAGGAAGCAAGAGCUGUGGCUAAGAGGCUGGGUGAUAUCUUGAUGGAGCAUACAAAUGGAGGUGGGAUUGGAGGGGUAGUGGAGGGAUUGAAGGAUAGAUUACAUAGUUUGGUUCAUGAUGAUGAGACGGAGAGACAUGCUGAGGAGAAAGUGGCGAAGGAGAAGGAAAGAUUGGCGUUGAAGGGGUAUGGGAAGGCAAUGCUACAGAGAUUUUUGGACAAGGGAAAGAAAGCUGGAUGGGGAGUUGAGAGGGUAGUUUGGGAACAAAUUCUUCCAACCUCGGCAGCUAUGACGGCAAAUCAGUCGCAGCUUCUCUCCCAAGUCCUGGACUAUUAUCUCAGUGAUGCCGGAUCAUCACAUCUACCAAAACUCUACACUAUUGCUCAUGAAACUAGCAAGGAGUCUGAUGAUUUAUUGUUGCACUACUUCCUUGAAGCAGCCCGACUCCGGGGCACCGUCGCGCUUUUCCGCCUCUACUCACCCUCCCAAGCCCCCUCUCAAACCAGCAGCAGCACCCCCGCCCCCGGAACCGUCGUACUCCUCAACCUCCCCCUCGCCCACCACGACCCCGUCGCCUUCCCCAACCCCGAAACCGUCGUCCUCGACCGAAAUCUCGACUCCUACCUCAUGUUUGGCCACGGCCCGCACGAAUGUCUCGGUCGCGAUAUCGCUUUAGCGGGAAUGGUGCGCGUGUUUAGAAUUAUCGUCGGGUUGAAAAAUCUAAGAUUGGAUGCAGGUUCGAGUGGGUAUAGUAGGAAGAGUACAGCGGGUGAGAGUAGGGGAAUGAAGACUGUGGAGACGGAGUUCGGCAUGGCGUAUUUGGAUGAUGAGUUGGCGACUUUGGGACCGUUUCCCAAGGGGUUGAGGGUUUGUUGGGAUGAGUAG